AUGGAAAGCCUUAUGUCUAAGUAUUGGUGGAGUUCGGGUGGCAGGAAAGGUGUGAGUUGGUUUAGUUGGAGGAAACUAUGCAAAACUAAGAACUCUAGAGGGAUGGGUUUUCGGAGUUUGCGUGAGUAUAAUCUGUCUUUGUUGGGCCGAGUUGGGUGGCAAUCCGAGUUUUAUAUAUGGCGUAGUGUCUUUGAGUCACAAACGCUGCUCAAAGAUGGUGCUCGUAGGAGAAUAGGACCUGGUUCAUCUACUGAGGUGCUUAACACGCCUUGGCUGUUGUCUGAAGAUAAUCCGUGUGUGGUCUCUAAUCAUCCGGCACUGACCAAUUGUAAAGUGUCUCAACUCAUGAAGCCAGGUAGUAGACAAUGGGACUUGGAGCUUAUUGAGAACUUGUUUGAUUCCCAUUAUGUUGAGCUCAUCAAACAGUCGGUCAAUGGUAGUUGGAACUCCUCUAUUGAGGAUGAUGUUUGGAGGAUGUUGUGGAAGAUUAAAGCUCCUCUAAGGUUUUACAUUUUGUUUGGAAAUCUUUCGGGUUGUUUGCCUACGCAUACUCAACUUUCUAGUAAACAUGUUCCGGUGGAGUUGCAUUGUGUGUUGUGCAGCUAUGGGGAAGAGUCAAUGUUCCAUGUUUUGGUUCAAUGCCCCUUUGCUCAUUCAUGUUGGCUCCACUCUGCGUUAGGUGUUGGCCAUUCCACAACAAACAAUUUUUUUGACUGGUUUAUGGAAGUGUUGGCAGUGGGCAAUAUGGGGUUGGUGGAAGAAGCCGUCAUGGUUGGUUGGGCAAUUUGGAAGGCUCGGAAUGAUAUACUUUGGAAUGGUAGAAGCUGUAGUGCUGCUGAUGUUAUUUGGCUGGCUCGUACCACUCUUCGACAAUGGACGAGUGCUCAGUCUAAGCGGCUGGGCUCGGUGUCUCUGGCUUCCAAUCGCACUGACACAAGAGAUUACUGGUCCAAACCGGCUGCUGGUCAAUUAAAAAUUAAUGUGGAUGGGGCGGUUUUUGAAGCCACAAAUAAGAUAGGCACGAGUUUUGUAGCACGUGACUGCGAUGACUGA